AUGAACCUGGCCCGACGCCUGUGGUCGGUCAACAAGUCCGCGGCCACUCCGCAGCGCGCGCCAAAUCAUCACCGCGCUCUCGCAAUGCCUUCCGCGGAAGUACCGUCGCCCCGCUGCGUCCGCGCCGCCGUCCAGAGCAUCCUGCGGCACCCCUACACCAUCCCCUACCUCAAGGCCAUCGCCAUCGUCUUUGUCGCCUUCCUGGCCUUCGACUUCGUGGCCUUCUCUCACCGCCCCUGCCCCGUCGACUCGGAGGGUCAAUGGUCGGUCGGUGUGUCCUUCACGCGCAACCCCCUGGCCCUCGAGCCGCCCCUCGAGCCCGCCCUGACCUGCCGCGACGUCAGCGACCCGGGCCGCCGCGCCAGCUUCGUGGCCGACCCCUUUCUCUUGAAGCGAAAGAUGGACCCAGAAGGGACUUGGUGGAUGUUCGUGGAGGUCAAGGACGUGGUCUCCGGGCUCGGGUACAUCGGCGCGGCGAAGAGCACGGACGGCGGCAUCACCUGGCGGUACCAGGGCGAGGCCCUCGCUGAGCCGUUCCACCUCAGUUACCCCCUGGUAUUUGAGCACGACGGCGAAGUGUACAUGCUGCCCGAGGCGAACAAGAGCGGCGAGCUGCGGCUGUACCGCGCGGUCUCGUUUCCGCUGCGGUGGGAGGUCGACACGGUGCUGCUGCGCGGCACGAUCGUCGACGCGACGCUGUUCCAGCGCGACGCGCGCUGGUGGAUCUUUGCACGGGAGCGCGGCAACGGCGGGGGCACGCGGAUGUCGAUCUUCCACGCGAACGACCUCCGCGGGCCGUGGCACCGGCACGGGCAGCGCGGCUGGAUCGGGCCGCACAUCAAGCGUGGGUCGCGGAUGGCGGGGCGCGUCGUGGAGGUUGAGGGGCGCCUGCUGCGCUUCGGACAGGACCUGCGGCGGACGUACGGCGGCGACGUGAUCGCGCACGAGGUCACGAGGCUCACGACGGAGGAGUUCGAGGAGAGAGAGAUCGCGUAUCCGCUGGCGCGCAAGAGCUGGAACGCCAACCGCUGGCACCACGUGGACCUGCAUUUGGCGGGGCAGGACGCGGACGGGCCGCUGUGGGUGGCAUCGAUCGACGGAGACAACGUGGCGAGCGACCCGCUCCGCGCGGUGUGGCUCGCGCGCACCGGGUUCGCGCUCGCAGCGCCGGUGCUGGUGGCGGCGACGACCGCCGUGCUCGGGUCGCUGUGGCGGCGCAAGGCGCCCAGGAAGUGGCUCAGGGUCCCCAUCGAGGCAUUCAGGGAGCAGUCCGUCUCGAACGGCGGAGCGGCGGGUUUGGCGCGCUGGCGGUUUGCUGCUGUGGUCCUCGGUGCAGGGGCGCUCAGCGCGACAGCGGCGAUGCUGGCGCCGUCGACGGCGUGGGACCGCCUGCACGUGGAUGAGGCGGCGGUGCCUGCGGUGACGCCGAGGCGGAACGCGGACGUCCGCCUGGUCGUGAUGUCAUACCCGCGGCGGCGGGACAUGCUCGACUCGACGCUGGAGCACUACGCGUCGUGCCCGUCAGUGUCGUCGGCGCUGGUGGUGUGGUCGUCGUUCGGGGUGCGUCGCGCCCCGGAAGCCGAGGCGCCGGCGGCGGAGACGUCGCGCAGUCCCCCCCUGACUAAGCGCAUGGACACCACCAUACGUCAGGUCGCGGAUUCAGGGAUAUUCGCGGGCUGGAAGGACUCGCUCUUCCUGCGCGACCCGCCGCUGUCGCCCCCGCGGACAGCGUCGUACGGAAGGCUGCCCGUGCACGUGUCCGUCAAGCACUUCCGCGAGGCAACCAUGCUGAACCGCAUGUUCGUUCAGGACGAGGUGGCCGACAGCCCGGCCAUCUUCGUGGUCGACGAUGACAUCCGGUUGGCGUGCCGGGACUUUGAGCGCGGCGCGGAGGCCUGGCGGGCGCACCGCACGCAGAUCGUCGGCUUCUACGCGCGCGCCGUCGACGUCGUGCGCCCCGAGGACCGUCCCGACGCGCCGCUGACGGACCCGGACGUCGAGGUGCGAUAUCUCGGGAAGUUCGAGACAGAGGCCCGGGGGAGUUACUCCAUGGUCCUCGUGGGGGCCUCCUUCCUGUCCAGCGACGUGCCGAAACUCGUUGCAGCGGCGCCCGCCGCCGCACGGAACAUGGUAUUGCUGCUGUCGAACUGCGACGACAUCCUGGUGAACUUCGUCGUGGCGGACUCGACCGGAAAACCCCCCCUCUUCGUCCAGUCACCCAUCACGGUGACGUCGUGGACGGGGAUCUCCACGAGCCUGGACCAUGACACGGUGCGCGAGUACUGCAUCCGGCAGUUCGCGGACGUGUACCACGGCCUCCCCCUCGUCGAAGCAGAGUUCCGGCGAUGA